GUAUCCACCCACUCGUGUUUGUGUUGCGUGCCCCGCCAAACACCCCCACUCGAUCCGGCUGCGACCGCGACCUCCUCGCCGCCCCCAGCGCCACCGCCGCGCCAUGGACCCGGACGCGGUGCGGCGGACCCUCGAACCCACCGCUUCCCCCGCGGACAUCUCGGGUUCCACUCCUUACGACUCCUUCGUCAUCAGCGGCGUCCGCCUCGAGGCCGCCGAGCACGGCCGCGUCCUCUGCUCCUUCGUCGUCACCCCCCGUAUAGCCAGCCCCCAAGGGUACCUUCUCAGCGGCGUCACGGCAUCGCUCGCAGACCAGUUGGGCUCGGCCGUGUUCUUCUCCAGCGGGGUAGGCACGAGCGGGGUCUCCCUCGAGAUCAGCGUGUCCUACGUCGACACCGCCGCCAUCGGGGAAGAAAUAGAGGUUGAGGCGAAGCUAUUGCGUGCUGGAAAAUCAGUGGGUGUUAUCUCUGUUGAUUUCAGGAAGAAAAGGAGCGGCAAAUUGAUGGCUCAGGCGCGUCAUACAAAGUACCUUGCUGUAUCUAGCAGAUUGUGAGGAUUCCCUUCUGUUGUAAGAUAAAAAAAAACAUGGUUCCGCUGCCCUUUAUCGAUAGACAAGAGCAACAGGAUGUAGUGGUGUAUUGUUUAAGAAAGUCUGGUUAUAUAUAUCAAUCUGAAAUUCUGUAA